AACCCCCUAAUCAGCAUAUUGUUUUUCUGUCGAGCGUCGCGGGCGUUCACUUGUCGGUAGUUGUUGCUUGUUAUUAUCAAGGUGCUUGGCUCUCUUUUCCGUUUUUCAACAUGGUGCAUCAUGUCUCACAGCUCUAACUAUCUUAUUGAAUAGUUUAAUGACAGUAUUUCUGGUGAUUUCCAUGUUAAAAGCGAAGAAACUUCCAAAAGACGAGAGAACUUCGAAGAAGUAUAAUGUAAUGUUGACAAAGAUACCAGAGAAGAGAUAUUCCAGGUGCAGUGAACAUACCAAAUGAAAAUGGCGACCGAUCAGGUGCUCCCACCUCAAACUCAACAAACCUUUGCAGACGUCGAUAAACUUCUGAGCCAACACGAAAAAMCAUGUAUUAUUCAAAGUAUGAAAGAGAGAUUUUCAGGUAAAUUGGAUGGCUUGGAURAUGAGGAUUUUUCUGAGUUCCUGAAAGCUUUGUUCAAAAUUGGCGUCAUCGCCGAAGACCUGUCGCUAAUUCAGAAAAUCACUGCAAAUGCMGAGAAGAAGGAUGAAAUCCAAGACAUCAUUGGCAAAUGUGAGCCACUWGAGAUACGAAAAUUUGUAGGAAGAGAAUACGAUGUUAAAGAAAUAUGCAAGAAACUUACUAAUGUCAAGUAUCCUGCCCGGGGAGUAAAUCUUUUUGGAGAAUCAGGAGUUGGCAAAACAACGCUUGCUCAGGAAAUUGCUAAAUCCCUGAAAGSCGAUUUCCAGCUGAUCACUAUCGAUUUAAGAGGUAUUCGUGACUUGGGGAAUGUCUAUUUUCAUGUUCUUGAAGGAUUCAACCUGCCAGCUUGGGAUAAUGAUAAAGAAAGAUUCAUCUCAUACCUUAAAACUCUAACAGAAAAUACUCUAUUGAUUCUUGAUAAUGUUGAGCAAUUACAUGUUCUCCCAUCGGAGAAAGAGACUGAGGAAGAGACUGGGAAAGAACCUGAGAGUUCAAGAGCAGAUUUCCUUAAUUUUCUUCUUGAAAUAGUUACUUCUAAAGCUUGUGAGAGUGAUAACUUGAAGCUUCUUUUGACUUCAAGGGAGAGAUUGGACGAUGCAAAGUUAAGACAAAACUUGCUUUCUGAUUAUAAAGUGACGCUUUUGGAUGACCAGGUUUCUAAAAGCUUUCUUAAUGGUGAUGUCAUUAAGAAAAGGAUUCCUAAGCUCUCUAAGGGAAAUGAAGAAGCAGACAAAGACAUGCAAGAAAUUGUAAAACUAUGCAAAAAUAUCCCGUACCUAUUACAAUGUGCCAAGCAGAUGCUAAGGGAGGGAUUCAAGACAUCUUCAGAGGUUUUGCAAAGGCUUCAGUCUCAGCCCAAAGAAUAUGCUUGCUUGGCUGAACAAUUUGAAUCGAUCCCCAAUGACCAACUCAAAGAACUUGCAGUGAAGAUAUCUCUUCUCCAGCGACCUUUCUCCGUCUCCACAGCAAUGAAGAUUGGAGAUAUUAAAUCAAAWUAUGAUGCUAGUAUUGAUYUAGAAUUGCUAGCARUUCACAAWGUAAUAUCAAAAGUAGAUGGAAAGAAKUUAAAGUAUGAUACCCAUGCUCAGUUCAAAGAUUUUGUGAAAARRUAUCUUUGUAAAGCCCAGCCACAGUACAAAGAGAUAUAUCAAGAGGGAGAAAAACAAUUUUUUAUUCAUUUUUCUGGAAAAAUGAGCAAACUUGCUCACCAUUUAGAUAAAGAGUUUGUCGAUGUCUAUUCAAAGCUUGAAGGUAACCGAGCUAAUUUUGAGCUGGCCAUUGACAUUUCAAAGAAACGAAGUGAAGUCUUUGAUGUUCUUUWYCAUUCUGAUGAGCACAAUGAGGCAGCUUUGAUGGGCCUUUUGUUUGAAGCGUUGAAAGACAUCAAUGAAAGAAAAAAGCUGUAUGAACAAUGGGCUGAAAUUGCAGAAAAAUCAGGGAAUUGGUUGAGCAGUGCACAGUUAAGAUGCUGGCAGGCUCUACAAGGAGCAGACAUGGAAGGGACACGCGAUGCCGAUGAAGCUCUCCGCAUUGCAAAAGAGUCUUUGAAAAAGGCAGAGGAACAACCGGAACAACAGCAGGAACAACUUGAUUCYGCUAAAAGCCUKUUUCGUCAUGCCAGUGGAAGAAUUAAGUGGCUCCAUGCUUCAAAAUCGCAGGACUCAAAAGAAAAGAAAGAAGAAAUUCAAGAAGGAAUUAGAAAUUUGAAGGAAGCUCUGAGGCUGAGUGAGGAUGCAACAAAAGGACAAGCCAGUACAAUGAAAGCUCGGAUUGUCAAUCUGAUUGGGAAUUGCUACAUGGAGCUAAACGAUCCUUCGACUGCAGAGACGUACUUUCUUCGCGCAUUGGGAAUGAAAAGGAAACUUGUUGGGAGCGACAACCACUGGGAGAUCCCGACAUACUACAACCAAAUCGCGCAAGUUCACGAGCGACGUGGUAUGGACAUGGAAAAGUCUUUUUUCGCGUUUUGGUAUAAAACGAAAAUUGAUGCAGAAUAUAAAAGUGCAGUACAAUGGAUGGAAAGAGCUCUUAAACUUCAAGAAGAUUUAGGCGUCAGUGAUACAGAACACACCGCCACAUUUCAAAGAAAUCUUGCAAACUGUUUAAUCAACAUUGGAGAGUAUGACAAGGCGCUGUUUUAUGCAAAUAAGUGUUAUGAAAAGAGAAUACAGCGGCUGGGUGAACAUCCUGAGACUGCUAGGAUUCUGUACCUAACAGGAAUUAUACACGAGUGGAGGAAAGAUAUYGARAGUGCACGYAAAAGCUAUGAACAGGCUUUUGAAAUGGAAGAAGCACUUCCAGAAUACAAUCACAGCAUUGUGAGGACAUUGAUUCGGGAGAGAUUGGAGGCGAUGUACAGAAGGUUGAAGUUGGAAGAUAAGAUGGCAAAGCUGAAUUUGAGAAUUGAAGAGAUAAAAGAGGGCAGGAAAGAGAGGAUCCAUAUUACUGUUUAUCAGCAAGGAACAACAUACAAUAAUAAGACAAAAGGUUUCUCUCUUCACUUCCCUCAUGAUUGCGUCACGGAGGCAACCCAAAUACAUGCGUCAAGAAUGAACCUCCUCUCACCUAAUGAUUCAAUGGAGAGUCUAGUUAGCUCUAUCGUGCAACUGGGACCAAGGUCUGUACAUCUGGAGCCUUUUGUUAUGACACUUUCGCAUUGCGGUGUUGAGAAAUCAAAGGGAUAUGAAACUAAAGUGAAAGUCUUCAAUGAAGAAACUAGAGCAUGGGAAGAAGUGGAAGAACUGCCGCCAGAAUCAAUACCUCCUUCAACCAUUCAGGCUCCAURCAUUGGAGUAGAGCUAACUAAAAUGGUAGCCGUGGCAGUAGUUUCCAGRCUUGUCACUGAUAAGUUUGAGGUGCCAGUCAGCGGUUGCGUUGUCAAGUCGAGCGUAUGCGAUGACGUCACGCUGAGUUUUCCUGAAGGAGCUGUUGAUGAGAUGGCCAAAGGAAGCUUACAGGUCAUCCCGAUUCCCGGUCACGUCAUAAGUGAAAAUUCUGAGGCAAUUCCAUGUCCAGUUGUUCUUAUUACUGGACUCGAGAAUGUUUCUUUCUCUAAACCCGUUGAAAUAACAGUUCCACGUGCUUCCCACUCAAAGUAUGACAGUAUUCGCCUCCUUCGUCUGGACAAUAUACGAAAUCCUCCUUUUCAUUGGAAAGACAUCACUUCAGAUGAUAUUGAUGCAAAGAUAGAUGAACAUGUUAUAUAUCUACAAGUGCAGAAGUUUUGUGGGCUGUGGGUUUGGAAUACAGUAAAGAGAGCUACAAUUAACAACCUCAUCAAAACAGCCUUCGAUCUCUAUACCUACAUAUGGAACAAGCCAUGCAUUGUCAGAUUUGCAGCUUAUCAAAAAAUUCAAAGAUCAGGAACCAGCAAUGGCUCAAAGUUCGACUUGAAGCUCGCAUGUGUAGCCAACAAUGAACAACAAGAACUAACAAAAGAACUAGAACUACAAGAAUACGACCUACUUCAAUACUCGACUGCAGAUGAAGCCAUGCGAAAGGCUGAUAAAGCCUUUCCUGAAUUGAAAGGAACCGAGACGUUAAAAUGGGACGAACAUUUCUUUCUAGAAUAUCUAGGAAAUGGACAGAAAGCCUGUCAAAAACCACUGAUCUUAAAMACACGUCUUAUUGAGAUUGAUGUCAACUUUUACCGCGACAAAGAAACGAAGAAAAUACGUCUGUGCAUGUUGCCGUUAAAAAAGAAACCUCCAAAGAAUACAGUUUCUAGCGAUGUGUACAGGAUGAAAAGUAACCCAAGAGGAUUGAUGGUCAUCAUUAAUAUGCAAAAAUUUGUAGUUGAUCCUAAAGUUCAAGACAAAGUAAAGCUGGAUACAGAAUUAACCGAGCGAAAAGGAUCUGAAAAGGAUGUUGAUGAACUAAAUGACCUUUUCAGUCGAUAUUUGAAUUUCAAAGUUUGCAUCGUCAUCGACAGACCAAGACGUGAACUUUUGAGACGUCUUCGAGAAAUUGCUGAAAAUCCUGCCUACAAAGAUUACGACUGUCUUGCAGUGUGCAUCAUGAGUCAUGGAAUAGACGACAAAUUCUACGCAUACGAUGGAAACACAAUCAAAUUCUCAGCUGUUUAUAGCAUGUUCUACAACUCGGACUGUGAGGUUUUUCGCAACAAACCAAAACUUUUUUUCGUACAAGCAUGCCGUAGACGAAUAGGCAGUGGGGUUUUCGUAGCCGAUGGACCAUCAGUAGAAUCUGCAUCAAAGGUUCCACAAAAAAAAGAGGGUGAAGACGAUAAGGCAGACAUGCUCAUCGCUUACUCUUGUUUUGAAGAUUGCACUUCAUACCGACAUAUGAAAGAAGGAAGCUAUUUCAUCCAAACCCUGGUUUCUGUUUUCAAGGAAAAUGCAGACAAUGAGCAUAUUAUGGAUAUGAUGACAAGAGUAGUUGAUGGAGUAUACAAACAUUCUCAAGUCCCAGCAAAUGUACUGUCACUCCGUCACAAGUUGUAUUUCUGGCCAGGAAUGGAUUUUGAUGAGGGAUCUUAAGAAAUACCUUGAUAUAAUAAUGUUCAAUGAAUCGCAAACUCAAACUCAAAACUCAAACUUUACUCACAUUCGGAUUACGUUUAGGAUUCAGCGAGGAAGAUCUUGAUACACUACACUCUUCAUCUUCAGUUUUAAAAGAAGUUCUAGAUAAAAAUAUUCAGACACUUGGCAGGGUUGCUUCAAUGCUUUGAGAAAGUGUUGGGCUUGUUGCCAUGAUMAGCAGCUAGCGCUCAUUGAAACCAACAAGAUUACAUCUAAUUAGGAUGAAUCMUCUGAAUCUUAUGCUUAUAGCUGCAGAAAGAAUAGAGUAUAGUUUUUAUUGAGGUAUUUAAGAUUUAUUGUUUAAUAGACGCCUAAAAAUAUAGAAAAUAUUUUCAAUGUUAUAUUUAGUGAUUUAAGAGGAAAGGAUUAUGCAUAACGUGCAAGCUGAGGUUCGCGGGUCACAAUUUGCGGGCUUCGGGUCUUAAUUUGCGGGUCAUAAUUUAUUCAAUUUCUCAAAAACAGCAAAAUAAUAAUUACAUAAAUAAACAACAAACAACAAACAAACAAAAUACAUGAAAAACAGAUCAGACAAAAACAAAACAAUGAGAACAUAACAAUAAUUAAUUAAUAAUUAAUUCCGUAUUUUACUGAAAACAGUGUAUAAGAACGUGUUUUUAGUGCAUAACUCCAAAAUAUACUAUGAAAAGUGCUAUUUCCAUGAAAUAGAAUAUUUUUUAUCGGUCUGUAAAACAAUUACUAUUAUUGUAUAUCAAGUGUCAAAGUUCACUUUUCCUAGUAUCUUAUUGGUCGAGAGUGUACCACGUGAAAGUCACAAAAUUUUACUGUUUCCCGGCAACUGUCCACYAGCGGUCAAUAUUUGUUGUGGACCGUCAAUAGGUACAAAGUCGCAGAAAAACACUCGUCGGUGUCGUGAAAAUGACACAUUUACGGAUGGUGMAUUCCAAAAUUGUUAUGAAACMUUUAAUUUYGACUGAUKGACUAAUUUUAGUGACAUUUGACUAUUUGUAUUGCCAUUUUUCUGUCAUUUUAUCAAAAUCUUUAAUAAAAACACUUCAUUUAUUUACUUUUUUUGCUCUCUUUGACACUUGAUAUGAUAAUAAUAAAGCACUUAUUUACUGGAAACCUCGGGAAACAGCUUCGCCUCGGGAAACAUCAGCGGUCUCGGGACCUCAAAACAUACUGUUUCCCUGGGUUCCAGUAAAUAAGUGUUAAAUAGUGAUUAGUAGAUACUGAUAGUUGUAUUACAACAAAAGAAAAGUCUAUGUUUUAUGGUUUAUGGUUUAGGGUCUAGACUAUUUCACAGUCAACAACUCCAAACAAAAACUAAAAUAGGUAGUACUCACUGAACUGAAACAAUCUAUAUUCUUAGCGCUGUGUGCUGUACACAAAGGAAAAUAACAUACAUUAAGAAAAGUACGACGAGUUUCAAGGUGUUCGGGCUGUGCAUUUGGCCGGACUUUGYCGGAUCGAAUGAAUCAGCCUGCUUACAUAAAGUACUAAUCGAACUGCGAUAUUUAGCCCGCACCCCGCAGAUUAGCGGGACCAAGAGGAAAGAACAGAAAUUUCCAUAAGAUGUYUUAAUCUUUGUAUUUGAAUUGAAAUGUAGGUAUAUAGUUUUAUAGUUCUAGAUAUAAAUAUUUUAUAACAUGGCUCAAAUCUGUGUAAAUUACAAUGGUGUUGUAGUCUUAAUUUAGAAAGUUUUGUAAUCUUGCGAUAAAAUCGUAGUUUACUUUGUAUAGCAUCCAAAAGUUUGUAUAAAUUAUAUGCACCUGUUUUACGAAAAAAAUUGUCACAAUAAACUCUAGAUGUUUCUAAAA